AGACCCGCGCUGCGGCCGGGCUCCAGCGCGGGAGGCAGCAGGGUUUUUAUAGCAAUGUUAUCCAUUAAGGUUGAGUGCAUUGUCGAUGAAAACUGCAAGAUUGGCGAAUCCCCUGUCUGGGAAGAAAAGGAAAACUCACUUCUGUAUGUGGAUAUAAAUGGUAAAAAAAUUUCCCGAUGGAAUUCCAUCACCAAGCAAGUGCAAAGUAUUGCUGUGGAUGCUCCUGUUAGCUCAGUUGCCCUUCGAAAAUCUGGGAAUUAUGUCAUUACCCUGGGAACUAGGUUUGCUGCUUUAAAAUGGAAUGACCGGUCAGUAACCACCAUUAUGGAAGUUGACAAGGAUAAACUAAACAACAGAUUCAAUGAUGGGAAAGUGGACCCGGAAGGAAGAUAUUUUGCAGGUACCAUGGCUGAGGAGAUCCGGCCUGCCGUACUAGAGAGACAGCAAGGCUCUCUCUACACACUCUUCCCUGACCAUUCUGUGAUAAAACAGUUUGACCAGGUGGACAUCUCUAAUGGACUGGAUUGGUCACUGGAUCACAAAACUUUCUUCUACAUCGACAGCCUAUCCUACUCUGUGGAUGCCUUUGACUAUGACUUGCAAACAGGAAAAAUCUCCAAUCGCAGAAGCAUAUAUAAGCUGGAAAAAGAAGAAAGCAUCCCAGAUGGAAUGUGUAUUGAUAUAGAAGGCAAACUCUGGGUAGCCUGUUAUGAUGGAGGGAGGGUGAUCCGUCUUGACCCUGAAACAGGAAAAAGACUCCAGACAGUGAAGCUGCCUGUUGACAAGACAACUUCUUGCUGUUUUGGUGGAAAUGAUUAUUCAGAAAUGUAUGUGACUUCUGCUUGCCAAGGAAUGGAUGACAAGUGGCUUUCCAGACAACCACAGGCUGGUGGCAUUUUCAAGGUAACUGGACUGGGGGUGAAAGGAAUCCCUCCAUAUUCAUAUGCAGGUUAAAUGUUUACACUCUUCAGAAUAAGCUAAGAAAGCCAUCAAAAACAGGAACAAUUUAAAUUCAAGAAGUGCUUCAUCUGGAAUGUUUUCUUGCAUUUGGAACUAUGUCCCUGUGGUGGACUCUUAGCAGAAACAGAUUAAAAAAACAACUUUUGAAAUACACUGGAUUUUAUAAAGCUCUCUUUUUAUAUUUCUUUAGAUUUUUAUAACUCUGUAUAUAAUUUUCUAUUGCACUAAAAUCAUUCUCAGCAUAAUGAUUUUAUAUAGGAAUGGAAUGGUGGUACUGUUUUGCUUUGAACACCUUUUCUUAUUGUUUACCUCCCAUCUCAUUUGUAAUUGCAAUGUUUGGUGUACUGAUUUACUGAAACUUGUUUUCCUUGUCUCAGGCGUGCUUUCAAAGCUUCUCACAACAUAUCCAUUGUCAUUUUAGCUUUAAUGGAAACUCUUAACAAGUAAAUCAAUAAUACUCAUUGUCUGGAUUUUUUACCUUUUUCUUGCAUUUUAAGAGUGCUCCUAAAUAGUAUAAUCAGAGUUAGUUUAGGCCCAUGCCUUCAGUAACACUCAUCCUUUCUUUCCUCCUGCAUGUCAUUCUUGCUCAUUUUUUGUUUGUCACAUCUAAUAGACAAUACCUUUUGAACCACUGCCCAUUUGUGGAAAUUAAACGAUGAUAGAAAAGCA